GAACGGCCGUGAUUGGCCGGAGUUCUGGAGGCGGGGCUUUGAGCGUGGCGCUUGGGUUUUCGGUGCAAUCGCGGCUGCAGCGGGUUUACGGCAUGUCUGCGGCCGGUGGGGAGACUCCUGGGGACACAGGGGGCGAGGGCACUGCUGCUGCGGGUCGGUUCAGCUUCAGCCCGGAGCCCACGCUCGAGGACAUCCGCCGCCUCCAUGCUGAGUUUGCUGCUGAACGAGACUGGGAACAGUUCCAUCAGCCUCGGAACCUCCUCCUGGCCUUGGUCGGGGAAGUGGGGGAGCUGGCAGAACUCUUUCAGUGGAAAACCGAUGGGGAGCCUGGCCCCCAAGGCUGGUCCUCCAGGGAACGGGCUGCCCUUCAAGAGGAGCUUAGUGAUGUCCUCAUCUACCUGGUGGCAUUAGCAGCCCGCUGCCGCGUGGAUCUGCCCCAAGCAGUGCUCUCCAAAAUGGACAUCAACCGGCGACGCUACCCAGCCCAUCUGGCCCGCAGCUCCUCCCGCAAGUAUACAGAAUUGCCCCACGGGACCAUCUCUGAAGACCAGGCUGUGGGGCCCGCGGACCUUCCCUGUGACUCCACGGGCCAGGCCUCAACCUAGAAAGAUGGCCAUAGGACUUGCAACUCAGGGUAGUGUCUGAGGAACAGAGGGUGGCUUGGCCUUGGAGCCUUUUUCUAGUCUUUUCCGAAUAGAUCAUGGGCCUGAGGCCUCCAUUUCCUGAGGUCUGAAGCUCAGCAGCCUCUAGAAGGUUGCCUCCUGAUGUUUGCUCUCCCAGUAAAGUGGUUUUGAGUGAUAACUUCUAGAUUCUUCCUGGAUGGCCAAGGGAGGCUCUCUGUCUCAGCAGGUGAUGGUGAGGGGACCAGGGGUGCCUCUGAGCCCCAUUCUUGUUUCCCUAUUGUACCUUCUGCCUGCAGGGCAGAGAGAUCUGGCUUCUAGAAAAUUCCCAGUAGAAUGUCAUAUAAGUUCCUUCCUCUCCUUUUAGAGAUUGGAGACUGUAAGAGUCCAGAUGCUAGAGCCAGGCUGUCUGGGUUCAAAUGCCAUCUUUGACACUUGCAAGCUGGAUGACAUUACUCAAAUUACUUAAUCUUUCUGCACGUCAGCUUCCUCGUCUGUAAAAUAAAAAGAAUAGUGCCUGCCCAAUAG